AUGAGGCAAAGAAGGUGGUUAGAGCUGGUAAAGGAUUAUGACUGCGAAAUUUUGUACCACCCAGGAAAGGAAAAUGUAGUGGCAGAUGCCCUAAGCAGAAAGGUGGCUCAUUCAACAGCCCUCAUUACUAGACAGACUCAUUUGUGCAAGGAGCUAGAGUGGGCAGAAAUUGCAGUGGGAGUGGGAAAGGUCACGACACAGUUAGUGCAGUUGUCAGUGCGACCGAGUCUAAGGCAUAGAAUUAUUGAUGCACAACAUUGUGACCCUUAUCUGGAGGAGAGAGUUCGUAGGGUGGAGUCAGGUCAGGAUGGCGAAUUCUCUAUAUCAACGAAAGGUGGUCUCCUAUAUCAGGGACGUUUGUGCGUGCCAGCAGAUAAUGAUAUGAAGAAUGAGUUAUUGUCAGAGGCUCACAGUUCCUUAUUUUCAAUUCAUCUCGACAGCACCAAGAUGUACCAGGACUUGAAAUGUUAUUACUGGUGGAAUGAUAUGAAAAGAGAGAUUGCAGAGUUCGUCAGCAAGUGCUUGGUGUGCCAGCAGGUGAAAGCCCCAAGGCGGAAGUCAGCAAGCUUGUUAUAG